AUGUGUCCCAGCAGGGCUUUAUAUAGGGACAUAGGUAUAUGUCCCAGCAACAGCAAAGAUGAUGAUGAAUCCAUGGAAUCAGGAACUGAUUUUAGUGACGAAAGUGAUGAUAUUUGUAGUCCUGAGUUAGAUAAAACCACUGGCAAUGACGAUUCUUCCAGCGAUUCAGAGGAGACCGGAUUGAGUGACGAGAAUGGUGGCAUAGACGAUCAACCUGCACGAGUUGACAAGCCUGCAGAUGCAGGAAAAACCUAUUACAUUGACGAUUUCAUGAAUUGCUUGAAAACAACUUUCAAAGCCUGCCGGGGUGAUAGUAGCUUCCAAUGUAUCGAUGAACAAAUGACUAAAUUCAAAGGGCGUUCAUCAUUCAAGCAAUAUAUGCCACUCAAGCCAGAGAAACGGGGCAUCAAAAUGUGGCUUCGCUGCGAUUCUUUGACUGGAUACACCUAUGACAUGAGUAUCUAUUGUGGAAAAGAAGGAUCUGUCCUUGAAGGGACACUCGGCGAACGAGGUGUGAAUGGUCUUGCAGCAACGAUUUCUAACCUUGACGUGACACUUUGCUUUGAUCGUUUUUUCACCACUGUUAAUCUUAUUAACAACAUACAAUAUCCAGCUUUGAGAACAUGCAUGUCCAACCGGAAGAAUGUUCCGAAAAUACCAGAAAAAUUGCAGCGAGGCGAAGCUAUUUUCAAAGUUAAUUCCGCGGGUACCAUAGCGGUAAAGUGGCAGGACGUCAAAGAGGUAAUGCUGCUCAGUAACUGCCACACAUCUGAAAUGAGCACUGUUAGACGCAAAAUGAAAGAUGGAACUGAGGCAGAGUUUCCAUGCCCUGACAUCGUAAAGACGCACCGCGCAAUAGUGGGCGGUGUGGACUUGGGAGAUCAAAUGUCGGGAUUGUAUGAUAUAAACAGAAAAUCAAAUAAAUGGUGGAAAAAAGUAUUUUAUCGUGGCAUGAUGAUGGCUGCUGUAAACACUUGGGUUAUCUCUUCUGCUCAAAUAUGA